AUGGCCUAUCUCGGCCCUUCAGCAGCAAAUCAACCUCCCUCCGAUUUUGCCCAAAUUCACCAACCCGCUGUGCCGUCGCAACCUCUCGACGACACUCCUGCCGCCACCAUGGACCAAGAAACUUCCAUUACUCAGAAGAUGCUGUCUGCCGUCUCUGGCAGCAUCUUGACCUCUCUACUUGUCACCCCUCUUGACGUCGUGCGUGUCCGACUACAAGCUCAAUCCGGUCCGUCUUCCCUCAAUGCUUCUACCCAACCCUCCUUCGCACGCCUGCCUCCCAAUCUCGGCAUAUCCGCCUGUUGCAGAGAAAUCUACUACGUCCCCAACCAGAGCCCAUAUUGCAUGGCCUCGUCCGCUGGUCUUACUGUCGACGAAAUGCUUAUUUCUCAAUGUGCGGCAGAGGAGACUGAGCGAAGAACUUUCAACUCAACCAUUGAUGGUCUAAAGAAGAUUGCACGGAAUGAAGGUCUUACAACCCUAUGGCGCGGCUUGAGUCCCACCCUGCUCAUGUCCGUCCCUGCCAACGUUAUCUAUUUUGCUGGCUACGACUGGUUGCGAGCGAAUCCCCGCAGUCCCAUGAAAGAUCGCGUAUCCGACAACUACGCUCCCCUCAUCGCUGGUUCCAGUGCCAGAGUACUCGCCGCCUUCGUCGUUAGCCCAAUCGAAAUGUUCCGUACGCGUAUGCAAGCCAGCCAUCCUGAGGCUGCUUCGCCCACUGGUGUGUUCAGAGACACACUAUCCGGAGUUCAAGACAUGGUCAAAUCAGAUGGAUACCGCGCAUUAUGGAGAGGCCUCGGUCUGACCCUUUGGCGAGAUGUGCCUUUCUCUGCCUUGUACUGGUGGGGUUACGAAUAUGGCAGGCAGGCGUUGCACAACGCAAGAGAAGGUCCUGCCUCUCACGAGCCGACAGGCAGCUUGAAGAACCGUUCUGUCAGCGAGCUGGACCACAAGACGGUCCUACUUGACAGCUUCAUCGCAGGCGCCAGCGCUGGAGCCGUUGCUUCUCUCGUCACCACGCCUUUCGAUGUUGGCAAGACCCGCCAACAAGUCGCUCGCCAUUCUGCCGACUCCGCAUCUGCCGCCCUUGCUGGCGUACGUCCUGAGGAUAAGCUUAUGCCUCGAUUCUUGUGGCACAUCUACAAGACCGAGGGUGUCGCUGGCUUGUUCAAGGGAUGGGCUGCUCGCACAAUGAAGGUUGCACCUGCCUGCGCCAUCAUGAUCAGCAGUUAUGAGAUUGGCAAGAAGAUGGCUGGCAGCAUGAAUGAGAAGGCUGUCAAGGAGUCAUCAUCAUAA